AUGCCAACAACAGUAAUGCAACUCAUUAACGUUAACAUGAGCUUACUAAAAAAUAGUCGAUUUCGUUUUUUAUUUGUUAUUAGUAUAACAUUUCUUAUACUUAUAUUUUAUUUUAAUCGUGAUCAUAAUCAUAAUCAUAAUCAUAAUCAUGAUCAUGAUCAUAAUCAUAAUCAUGAUCAUGAUCAUGAUGUAGAAAUCAUAAAAAGUUCCAAAUCAAAGCCAAGUACAUGUCGCCAAUCAAUGAUUGAAAGUGACCGCUUUAUAUGUGAAUCAGAUGAAAAAUGGCAGAGCAGACGUGACUUUUAUUCCAAGCAACACGAAAGAAACACUUUAAGUAUGAAUGAGUAUGAAAGAUAUUUUUAUCUAAAUUGGUUACCUGAAUUUCAAUGUCACAAUGAAACACGCAUUGGUUACGGUGAUGGGGGGAAAUGGGCAUGCGAUAUAGAAUAUUUGAAAUUGAAGCCAUCGUGUCUUGUAUAUUCUUUGGGUUCUGCUGGAGAAUUUGCUUUUGAACGAAGCGUGCAUGAACGUUUACCUCGUUGCUCUAUUCAUACCAUUGAUGAAAGACGCUUUGAAUGUCCAAAAGACGUUUGUACAAUGCAUCAACUCACAAUAGGUGAUGGUAAAAAUAAAACAAAAACAUUACGUGACUUGAUGGCUGAUCUCAAUCAUACAAAUUUGGAAAUAGAUAUACUUAAAGUCGAUAUUGAAUCUAGUGAAUAUGCAUUGUUUCAUACACUUUUUUCUAAUAAUGAAAUGAAUCGAAAUGGAACACAGAUUUAUAUUCGACAGAUUCUAAUUGAAGUUCAUCUCGACCGUCAACGAAUAUAUGAAACAAAUGCUCUUUUUUAUUUAUUCAAUUCUCAAAAUUAUGUGAUUUAUCAUCGUGAACUUAAUGCUGGUUUUCCAUAUUAUGCUUGUGAAUAUGGUUUUCUUAAAUUGAACAGAAAAUUUUUUCGAGGACAUUUUUAA